AUGGAGCCAGUACCUGUUGCGAUGGAAUCCCUUGAUCCUCGAUACUGCUUUCUUCUUGACGCCGGUGACACGCUUUGGAUUUGGAGCGGUUGGAAAGCCAGGAUUACGGUGGCAAACAAGGCUCGUCUUUUUGCUGAGCGACUUAAUAAAAGAGACAGGAAGGGUGUCGCUGCCAUUGAAACCUGUCGAGAUCCUAAAGUACCGGAAGAGUUCUGGAUGGCAUUCUGUGGAUCGCCUAAUCGCCCUGAUGAGGCCAUCGUUGAACAUGUACCGGAAAAUUUUGUUCCUGAGAGAAAACGACUCUACCAGGUGAAUAUCGGUAUGGGAUUUCUUGAGUUACCCCAAGUUGAUCUUCCCAAGGGUGUUGCGAAACAGGAGCUGUUGAACACAAAAUGUGUUUACAUCCUUGACUGCACUUCCGAUAUUUUCCUUUGGAUGGGUAAAAAAGCAAACAGGUUACUGAAGAUGGCUGGGCAAAAAAUGGUCACGGAAUUGCAUGAGAUGAUUGAACGGCCCGAUUACGUACAAGUGUCAAGGGAAACUGAGGACGAGGAAUCCAUGAUGUUCCGAUCGAAAUUUGCCGGCUGGGAUGAUAUCGUGCCCGUAGAUUUCACUCGUACCUCAGAAUCCGUUAGCCGCGUUCCAGAUCUCAAGGUUCUUGUCAAACGCGAUAAUAUGAUGCGUACUGACCUAACAGCUUUGUUUCUUGACCGCCAACCAGCAAUGUCACCUGAAGAAAGUGAAGAAUUGCUCAACGAUUGCAACGAGGAUCUUGAGUUCAUUGAGUCAUUCGUAUUGGAGGGAAAGAAGUUUGUUCGGCUGCCAGAUGGAGAAUUCGGAUCAUUUUACACGAUGGAUUGUUAUGUGUUCCUUUGCCGUUAUGCUGUGAUACCAGACGAGUCCGAAGACGAAAGCGAUGCGGGGGACGUUGAGAGCCAGCAGGACUUCAAGUGUGUGUUGUACUUCUGGCAAGGCCGUGAUGCCUCAAAUAUGGGGUGGCUGCACUUUACUUUCCAACUUCAACCUACUUUUGAAAAGAUUUUCAAGGACAAGUUGGAGGUAGUACGGAUGCACCAACAACAGGAAAACCACAAGUUCCUCUCUCAUUUCCAUCGAAAGUUUGUUAUUCGUCGAGGACGUCGUGGCUUAACCCGAAAUCUCGGCGGUAAAUGGCCUGAGCUAUUCCAGAUGAGAGCAAACGGCUCAAGUGUUUGCACGAGAACGAUACAGAUAGAUUGCCGGUAG